AUGCAGCUCCUACCACAAUUGGAACGUAUUGUACAGCUGCAACAGCAGCCGGAAAACAAAGACAAAAACCUUGUACCUGUGUACUUGGAUGCCGUAGCCGACCUAGACACGCCCGUGAGUGUGCUGCUAAAGCUGCGUGAGGGCCAGACCAACUCGUUCCUACUCGAGUCCGUGGCACCUGGUGAGAAGAUUGCACGCUACUCGUUCAUUGGUGCUGGUCCGCUUAAGGUCGUGGCUACGGGGAAAGGUCAGAGCUUUGAAGGUGAUCCGCUUGUUAAUUUAGAAAAGGAAAUGCAGCACUUUCGCACGGUGACGCUGCCUGAGCUUAAUUUGCCCAUGACGGGCGGAGCUGUGGGCUACUGCGGCUUUGAUGCCAUCCGCCACUUUGAGCCCAAGAUUGCACCGUAUAUAGAGGCCCAGAAGGACGUGCUACAGGUACCUGAGAGCAUCUACAUGCUCUUUGACACGGUCGUAAUCUUUGAUCAUGUAUUCCACUCGCUCAAGAUCGUGUCGCACUGCCGUCUGGAUACGGAAGACCUUGCAGCCGCGUACAAGGAAGCGACCGAUAAGAUCUUGGCGAUUGACGCUACGCUAAAGAAGCCGAUCGAGCGCACGUCCAGUGUUACCCACAAGAAUGCAGUUACAGCGUCCAAGAUUGAUCUGGAAGCGGCCUCGAACGUCGGCAAGGCGGGAUACAUGGGCUUCGUGACGAAGCUUAAGGAACACAUUGUAGACGGAGAUAUUUUCCAGGCAGUACCGUCACAGCGACUGGCCAUGGAUCUCCCGAAGGACGUGACCUCACUGGACUUGUACCGUCAGAUGCGGGCCAUUAACCCGUCGCCGUACAUGUUCUUCUUGGACAUGGGCGAAGACUUCCAGAUUGUGGGCGCGUCGCCAGAGAUGCUGGUCAAGGUGGACCAUGAUCGUGUCGUCGAGACACAUCCGAUUGCUGGUACCCGUCAUCGAGGUGCUGACGACGCGGAAGACAACGCGCUGGAGAAGGAGCUGCUUGCUGACGAGAAGGAGCGUGCUGAGCACAUUAUGCUGGUGGACCUGGGCCGCAACGACGUCGGUCGAGUAGCCAAGCCGGGCUCUGUCCGAGUGGAUCGCCUCAUGCAGAUUGAAAAGUAUUCGCACGUGAUGCACAUUGUCUCGGUCGUCAAAGGUGACUUGCGUGAAGACAAAACAGUGUAUGACGCGUACCGUGCCAUGUUUCCUGCCGGCACAUUGUCUGGUGCUCCAAAAGUACGUGCUAUGGAGCUAAUUUGCUCGCUGGAGACGGAACGUCGUGGCGUAUUCGCUGGCUCCGUGGGAUACUUCAGUUUUUCUGGAUUCCUCGACACGGCUAUUGCCAUUCGCACGAUGGUGGUCAAAGGUAGUAAGGUCUACUCGCAAGCGGGCGGCGGCAUCGUGUACGACUCAGACCCGCAAGCUGAGUAUAUGGAGACAUUGAACAAGCUGGGCUCCAGCCUCAAGACAUUGGAGAAAUGUGCCGCUAAAUAG